AUGGGGGAGAGGAGAUCCACCCUCAUAACCUCCAAGGAUCCUCUCUCGGACUCUGUAAAUUGCCCCUACUCACCGGUCAGGUUUUUUGUGUGUACCUCUGAACUCUCUUUGAUGGCGAGCUACCCAACCCCCGCUGUAUCGCGAUCUACAAAGUCCAUCUACAGAAUGGUGUUCUCCUGUGAUCAGAUCACAGAGCAGGAUCACAGAGCAGGAUCACAGAGCAGGAUCACAGAGCUGGAUCACAGAGCAGGAUCACAGAGCAGGAUCACAGAGCAGGAUCACAGAGCUGGAUCACAGAGCAGGACCACAGAGCAGGAUCACAGAGCAGGAUCACAGAGCUGGAUCACAGAGCUGGAUCACAGAGCAGGAUCACAGAGCAGGAUCACAGAGCAGGAUCACAGAGCUGGAUCACAGAGCAGGAUCAUAGAGCUGGAUCACAGAGCAGGAUCACAGAGCUGGAUCACAGAGCAGGAUCACAGAGCAGGAUCACAGAGCAGGAUCACAGAGCUGGAUCACAGAGCAGGAUCACAGAGCAGGAUCACAGAGCAGGAUCACAGAGCUGGAUCACAGAGCAGGAUCACAGAGCAGGAUCACAGAGCUGGAUCACAGAGCAGGAUCACAGAGCAGGAUCACAGAGCAGGAUCACAGAGCAGGAUCACAGAGCUGUAUCACAGAGCAGGAUCACAGAGCUGGAUCACAGAGCAGGAUCACAGAGCAGAUCACAGAGCUGGAUCACAGAGCUGGAUCACAGAGCAAGAUCACAGAGCAGGAUCACAGAGCUGGAUCACAGAGCAGGACCACAGAGCAGGAUCACAGAGCAGGAUCACAGAGCUGGAUCACAGAGCAGGAUCACAGAGCAGGAUCACAGAGCUGGAUCACAGAGCAGGAUCACAGAGCAGGAUCACAGAGCAGGAUCACAGAGCAGGAUCACAGAGCUGGAUCACAGAGCAGGAUCACAGAGCAGGAUCACAGAGCAGGAUCACAGAGCGCUUCACAUUAAAAAUACAAAAACAUCCAGAUGAAAAUAAUACACAAUUGGGAGAGUAUUGUGGGGAGCUGAAGGACAUCCACUUGGGCCAGUGCUACAGUAUAACGGAUGAAGGCAUGGAGGCCCUCGCAAAAGGCUGUCCCAAACUCCAGAGACUUUACCUACAGGAAAACAAACUGGUCAGUCCCACACUUUAA